AUGGGUGUCGUCUGCUCAUCCCUCCCGGGGGCCUUGGGCUUGCCGGGGACCCGGUCAAUGACCCAUUUCUAUCAGCCCCCGGCGGGCUUUGAGUCGACCGUCCCCGGAACCAUACUUCGGAACUGGACAGUGGUUGCCGCCCACAUUGGUCUCCAGUAUUUGUUUUGGGCGCCCCAGACCGAUGUGGUCGCGGGAGCGGAGUUUCUGAUCCCAGAGGUCUAUUUGCUCAUGGGCUACAUCGUAGUCUCACCGGAUUAUGAAGGUCUAGAUGCCGCCUUCUCCGCCGGCCGUAUAAAAGGCACGGGUGUGCUAGACAACAUGCGCGCCGUGAAAAACUACCGCAGUCCCCUCGGUCUCACAACCAACAAUCCCAUGAUAGUCGGCACCGAGAAUUCUGGCGACACGAUCGCAAGUGGGCGAGCGGGCGCCCUCCAGCCGAGGCUAUGCUCCAGAACUCAACAUCAAGGGCUGGGUGGCGGGAGUCCCUCCCACCAACCUCACAGGGCCCUCAUGUUAAUCGAGACACCAGAUGGCCCUAUCAUCAACCGGAUUAUCAACCCCGAGGGCCGGCAAAAGUUGUAUCAAGCCAAAACCCAAUGCGCGGUCGUGGAUCUCAUCGCAUUCUAUGAAAUGUCGAUCUUUGACAAGAGCAUUCAGACCCUAGGACCUGUGGUCCUGCAGAACCCGAGCAUUGCUAGAAUAAUGUCCCGGAAUAUGCUUGGUGUGCACUCGAAUGAGACCCCUACCGCAGCAGACUUUCUCUACCACGCGAUCGAUGAUGAGGCAAUCCCAUACACCAACGCGUCACCCUGGCUGACGCCUGGUGCGGUGCGGCUGUCCAGUUUACCACGUUUGGCGGCGGCGGCCACGUCACCACCGACAUCAUCGGCCUACCUAGUGCGGUCGACUUCGUCGAGGAGGCCUUUCCAGAUUCGGUCGCCCCGGAAUGCUUGCAAAAUAGCGAGUUCUUAA